GGAAACCUUGAAAUUCUUCUUCGCCGGAAAACAGAACAAAGAAUGAUGAAUCUUCACGACGAUGAAUCUCUGAAGCAAGAAGUCAUCUACCUUCACUCCCUCUGGCACCAAGGUCCUCCGACCCGAAACCCAAUCCCUAGCCCUAAUUUCAACCCGAUUCAACGACCCAGGUCGAAUUACAUCCCGCCGGCGGAUUUGCAACUUCUCUCUCGCUAUGGAGCUGUUACUCCACAGAUCAUAUCCAGAAACCCUAACAAUCCUCAAAAUCUAUACAAUAACAAGCGUCCGAGGUCCGAUUCGGGUCGAGAAUGGCCCGUCAACGAUGUGCUUCAGUCUCCUCCUACGGGAUCUGGAUGGCCUGAAUACAGGCCGUGUAAAAAGGCGCGUCCUGUUUCGGCGGAGGAGAAAGAGAAAUUGGCUGCGAAUAUGCUUCAGAGAGAUAUCCAUCGCACCUGUCGCGAGUUUUUCGGUAGAAAAUCCGGUGAAGAAGAUAGCUCAGUCGCUGGAGGAGAUGACUCUGAAAUCGAUGAAGGAGACGAUGAUCAGUCUACGGAGAAAGAAGAAUCUUCUUCCAAGGAGUUCCAGUUUCUAUCGAGAGUGUUUGAAGAGAAUGUGAAGCUCAAGGAUUACUAUGAGAAGAACACUGGGAAUGGAGAGUUUUGGUGUUUGGUUUGUGGUGGCACUGGAGAGAAAAGUUGUAGGAAAUUUAAGAGCUGUUUAGCUUUAAUUCAGCAUUCACUUGCGAUUCACAAGACGGAUUUGAAAACUCAUCAUAGAGCUCUUGCACAAGUUGUCUGCAAUGUUCUUGGCUGGGACGUUAACAAUCCAGUUGUUUCUAGCCAAAAAGACGCUCAGACGGUUGUGGAAGGUGCAUCUGAGCCGCCUUCAGACUCGAAGAUUCCUCAGGAGAAACAACAGGUCAUGUCGGUUGAAGAACACGCAAAGGCUGCUGUGUUACAAAUGCAACAGAAUGCAUCAGAAGGUUUGAAAGACAUUUUCACCAAGGAUGGUACUGGUUCAGUUGAUGAAAUUGCGGAGAACGGUGAUGAGAAUUUGUCUGAGGAGUUGGAGUUAAUAUCUAGAGUCUUCUCAGAGAAUGUUGAGCUCAAGAGUUACUAUGAGAAAAACUAUGAAGGUGGAGCCUUUAUCUGUCUGGUGUGUUGUGCUGCGACUGAUACGAAGAUGAUAAAAAGAUUCAAACACUGCUAUGGAGUUGUUCAACAUUGUACUAAAGUACCGAAAAUGAAAAUACGAGCUCACAAGACUUUUGCUCGUUUUGUCUGUGAACUACUUGGCUGGGAUUUUGAGCUUCUACCACGUAGAGUAAUGAAAGGCGUUGCUUCUCUUGCUAUAUCUAAUGCUAAUGAGAACAAUGAGAACCCAUCAUCUGUGGUCGAGGAACACAUGUGCGAAGAUAAAGCUGAUAACCCACAGGACAACAAUGAGGCUGAUGCAUGCGUCGUCAGUCUGGAAAAUCAGAUCAAAAUGGGGAAAAAAGAAGGUUCAAAGAUGAACAUCGCCAUUAUACAUCCAGAUCUUGGAAUAGGCGGAGCAGAGAGAUUGAUUGUUGAUGCGGCCGUUGAGCUUGCGUCGCAUGGUCAUAAAGUUCAUGUCUUCACCUCUCACCACGACAAAUCCAGAUGCUUCGAGGAAACUCUUUCUGGUAUCUUUCAAGUUACGGUGUAUGGAUCUUUCCUGCCACGCCAUAUUUUCUACAGACUACACGCAGUGUGUGCAUAUUUUCGGUGCUUGUUUGUUGCUCUCUGUGUUCUUUUGGGUUGGUCUUCAUUCGAUGUUAUACUAGCAGACCAGGUUUCAGUCGUAGUCCCAUUGCUGAAACUCAAAAGGUCAUCUAAGGUUGUUUUCUACUGCCAUUUCCCGGAUCUCUUGCUAGCUAAGCAUACAACAGCACUUAGACGGAUGUAUCGGAAACCCAUUGAUUUCAUCGAAGAACAAACCACAGGGAUGGCUGAUAUGAUCCUUGUUAACAGUAACUUCACGGCAUCAACAUUUGCCAAUACAUUUCAAAGGCUAAAUGCACAAGGAAAUCGCCCAGCUGUACUUUACCCAGCAGUCAAUAUCGACCAGUUCAAUGAACCCCAUACUUAUAAGUUGAAUUUCCUCUCCAUAAACCGCUUUGAGAGGAAAAAGAACAUCAAUCUAGCCGUUUCAGCUUUUGCUAUGCUAUGCAAACAUAAGCAAAAUCUGAGAGAUGUUACCCUUACCGUUGCAGGCAAGUGUGGAUAUGACGAGCGAUUGAAGGAGAAUGUAGAGUACUUGGAGGAGCUCAGAAGUUUAGCCGAGAAAGAAGGAGUUUUUAAUCGAGUUAACUUUAUCACAUCUUGUUCAACUGCUGAAAGAAAUGAACUUCUCUCAAGCUGCUUGUGCGUUCUCUACACGCCUACGGAUGAACAUUUUGGUAUUGUUCCGUUAGAAGCAAUGGCUGCAUACAAACCGGUGAUAGCAUGCAACAGCGGUGGCCCCGUGGAGACGGUAAAGAAUGGAGUAACAGGCUAUCUUUGUGAACCGACUCCAGAAGAUUUCAGUUCGGCGAUGGCUAGAUUCAUUGAGAAUCCUGAGUUGGCGAAUAGAAUGGGAGCUGAAGCCAGGAAUCAUGUCGUUGAAUCAUUCUCUGUGAAGACGUUUGGACAGAAGUUGAAUCAGUAUCUCGUUGAUGUCGUAUCAAGUCCUAAAGAAGAUUGAGAUUCCUCUGUUUAGCGAUCAUAGAUCGUUCGUUAAACAGCAUACUUUAGGCUUAGGUCUGAAACUACAGGAGCUUUAUUGUUGGAUCAAUCAUGUUGAACUUGAAGAUUGGUUAAGUUUAGGUUGACAGUUUUGUUUUCGGUUUGGGUUUGAGGAUAAAUUUGAGGAAAUAAAAUCGAAUCAGUAAA